AUGUAUCGCACUCCACCAAAAGCUGCGAAGAAUGACUUGCCAGAUCCAAAUUUGGAUACAGAAAAGGAGAAGACAAUAAUUCCAUCCAAUUUAUUGUUGAGCGAGGGGGCAUCUAAUGUUCCUCCUGGGGAACCCUCAAGCAUUAUUGUAUCCAAUACAACAACCUCUGGCAGUAACACGAUCAGUACUUCUACCAGUACGAAUGUUAGAAGUACUGCUAAUUUCGAUUUUCCGAAAAAAAUUGAAACAGAGGAGGAAAGGAAAGCACGUUUGCGGGAAGAAAAGAUGCACGUAGAAGAUUUCUUCCAGAAUUUGCAAAUUGUCGAUGAUUCAAAGGGAGCAACCCCAAAGAAGCCAAUCAGGAAAAGUACUUUUGAUCAUGAUGACUCUGUUGAUUUUUCGAAGCCAUCGAAUCAAAAUACUCAUUCACUUCCAAAUUUGGAGUUAAGUGAUAGUGAUUUGUUUAAAAAAUUCAAAGAAUACGAUUCAACACCAGUUAGAGCUAGUUAUCCGAAAGGUUCUAUUGAAAAGACGAAAAGAGUCCAAUUUUCAGGUCCAAAAUAUUUGGAACAAAUUGUUUCCGAUUCGUCGCGAGAUAAAACUUUGAAGCCAUCGGUACCUUGCAUGGGUACAGAACAAUUGUGUCAACAAAGAAACACUUUUGAACAAGGUUAUACAGAUCCAGACACAUAUACACAGUCAUAUUUUCAAAACAAAUUUAACCCUCUACCUAAAGAAUCUUCGACAAAUCAAUAUGAACAAAACCGAUUUUCGGAUACAUACAGUCAGCCUGUUUUUAAUGAUGUUCCACACGAGUAUGAUGAUAAUAUUUUUAACAAUCAACAAGGACCUUUUAACUCUAUAAAUUAUUCUCAACGAUCACCAUACAAUAUGGCACAAACCUUUUCCAAUCCAAUGAACAAUAAUUUCAAUCAGAAUUUUGCGAACAAUCGGGGAGCUCAGAAUCAAUCUUUUUCCAGUCCAAUCUUUUCUGCAACUAUUCGGGAUUCAUACAUCAGACGUUUAAGGUCAAUUCCAAUUUUUAACGGAUCAAGUUACAAAGAUUUAAGGGAGUUUUUGGAUGUAACAGACACGUUACGCAAUGCGUGUUUAAAUGAACAAGAAUUGAAUGAAUUUUAUGAACAAGCUAUUUUGCAGUUGAGGGGAGAAGCAAAACGUGUCAUCUCCGGGUCAGAAUAUAGCGAUUGGAAUGUAAUAAAAAGAAAACUUAUCUCUCACUUUUCUUAUUUGGCAAAUAAGGACAUUAUAACCAGUCAGUUGGAAAAUUUGAAGCAAGAAAAGGAUGAAUCCUUAACAAAGUUUGCUGAAAGAGCAAGGAAAUUACUACAAGAAAAAGAUAGUAUGUACACACAUUUGACGUCAGAUCAGAAAUUCGAGCAUAAUCGAAUGGCAAGGAAAUCAUUUAUUAAGGGAAUACAGAAUGACAAGCUUCGUGAACGGUUGGCUAUUCGUGGAGCCUCAAGUUUGGAAGACGCUAUUUCCUUUUCAAUCGAAAUGGAGACUGAUGCGAUGACGCAAAUUCCAAAAUAUGAACUAUUUUAUAGAUUAUGUUCGGUGAAUGGACACCGAGAAAAUCAAUGUCGCCGAAGAAAUAAUAAUGCCGAUUUCAACGGAGUUAUUUCUGCAUUACAGGCGUUGAAUUCCAAUUCGGGUUUUAGACCUCGGGGUAUUAGACCAUUCAACAAUAAUAACUCUCGAUUUGGUUGGAAUCGCCCCACUGAGAAUAUGAAUAGUCGUUUCAAUAUGAAUAACAACCGUUUUUCAAGACCAAAUAUGUAUAACAACAACUUCCCUGGUAAUAAUAUGUAUAAUGAUCGAUUCUUUGGAUCUAAUAUGCAUGGUAACCGUUUUUCUGGUUUCAAUAUGAACAAUUAUCGUUUCCCGGAUAGAGGUUUUAAUAAUAAUAACGGGAACUAUCGUUUCCAGAGUAAUGGUCGCUUUUCUGGAAGAAAUGACAAUAAUAACGGUUUGAACAGAGUAGAAAACUCUCAAAUGGUUAGAAAUGAGGGUUUCAAUAGAAAUAAUAAUGGUAUUGGUAAUACUGGUAACGACAAUGGCUUUAGCCAAAACGCAAAUCGUUAUCCGAAUCGUUUCAACGGCAGAUCGAAUCAAAUUAAUUUGGUUAAAACUUCUGAAUCCGUAAGAGAUUCGGAAAACUAA